CCGGCAUAUAUGCAACACCCGUCGAUGCAUAGAGGAGUGUCCAAAUUGCAAUAUCAAAUCAAUUAAUACUACAAGCAACGCAUCGCAUCGCCAAAAUGGCACAGCACAAGAAAGGCGAACCUUCGGCCACUGUUAAAGCGUACCUGGUGCUCUAUAACUUGACGCAGCUCGCAGGGUGGUCCUACAUUUUUGUAAAGUUUGUAACGCACUUCUUCCUGCGAGGACACGGACUAAACGGACUAUGGCGUGAGGUUGGCAGUGCCACUUUCUUCUUCCAAAUGCUGGCUCCUCUGGAGGUUGUGCAUGCAGCGAUUGGCAUUGUACCGAGCAAUGUGCCGAUGACUUUCCUGCAGGUAUUCGGCCGAUGCAUGGUUGUGGCCGGAGCGAUCGAAGGAACACCUACGGGACAGCAAUCCCCCGGUUUACCGCUGGCACUGUUCUGCUGGAGCUCGACGGAAAUCGUACGCUAUGCUUACUACGUAGCCAAUCUACUUUUGCCUAGCGUACCGGCGCCACUGGUUUGGCUUCGGUACACGAUCUUCAUACCGAUGUAUCCAUGUGGUUUCUUCGGGGAGCUCCUGUGUGGUUAUUGGGCCCAAAGCUACUUCGGCGAAACGGGCAAAUGGAGCGUAACGUUGCCGAAUCCAGUCAACUUUACCUUUUCCUUCUACUACUUCAUCUGGAUCAUGACCGUUAGCUAUUUGCCGUUAUUUCCACAGAUGUAUUUGCAUAUGUUUUCCCAGCGUCGGAAGGUUCUUGGGCGUACAGAACAGUCUUCCGGCAAGAAGGUUCGCUAGUGUGAAGAGCCGGUAAGGGCAACGAACCAGUGGAUGUUGGUUU